ACACACACAUGCACUAUUUAUGCAAUAGAUUUUUGGGGAUGCAGUCGGAUUUCCUGUGCGGGUGUUUUACUCUACGUCGUUUCGCAUAGCUUGGCGAAAUAUCUAUAUAAACGUUUCACUAUAACGCCCCCGUGCCUUGCCGUUUAAUUAGAUCCCCGGGGUGCGGAUCGGUUUGGCACCGUGUCUGCGUGCAAGAAAAACCGGCUGUUUUUUCGUGUUCCCGGAGCUCUGGCCGCGGUCCUCGCGCGACUUCACUUCUGCACCGGCGGCGCGGGAGGAAAAUCGAGCCCGCAGUCCAGCUGCAGCGGUUCGGGAAAAUUAUUCGGCACGACUCGGACUGGCGACAGUCUACGCUUUGCAGCCGCCGACAAGCUGAGUGUAAUGAUCUGCUAGAUGCGCCAGUGGCUGUGGGAAUGAGACUGCGGGGCAGGGAUUUGGAGGAUUCCACUGUCUCCUGGAUACCGAGCGUCCUGGGUGUGCAGAGCGUCAGGCUCCGCCUUCGCCUCGACCGCCGUGACGACAGGGGGAGGAGCUUGUGGCAACUAGUUGACCUGGGAGAGGAAGUGCAGAGUGGGCGGCGGCCUCGAGACAGGACUCCUCCCACUUGUUCACAAAGUCUGAUGAGUAUUCCUGCUGCUCCAUCAGUUCAGUCAGGGGGUGGAGAGAUGCAGUCACCUGGGGUCAUAAGCCCCUCCUUCCUCCCGCCUGCAAGUGGAAAAGUUCCAGGUCGCAAGAGGGGUCGGCCACCCCUGAAGAGGCACCCGGAAUAUCAAAGCCGCUACCCAGAGUCCCUCCCACCCAUUAAAGUGCCUAAGAAGAGAGGGAGGAAGCCGGGCUUUAAGCUGAAGUCUCGUCUGAUGACCCCUCUAGCCAUCUCUCCUCCCAGCAGCACCCCAGAGCCAGACAUGAGCUCAAUCCCGCAGGACGCUGCUACUAUCCCUCACUCCGCCACACCACAGGUCCUCACAGUGUGUAUCUAUGUGAAUAAGCAAGUGAACACGGGUCCUAACCUGGACAGGCAGAAGGUGUUGCAGCUGCCGGAUCAUCUGGGUCCUGCCAGGCCCUCAGUGGUGCUGCAGCAGGCGGUUCAGGGCUGCAUUGACAGUGCAUUUCAGCAGAAGGCCGUCUUCACGCUACUCACUGAGGGCUACGGGGGAGAAAAGAUCUCAGCCACUUUUGAUGGUAAACAGCAUCUGUUGAGUUUGCCGGUGGUCAACAGCGUGGGCUACGUUCUGCGUUUCCUCAAGAAGUUGUGCCGAAGCCUGUUAUGUGAGAACCUGUUCAGUGACCAGCCCAUAGCUCCUUCAUCAUCCCCCUCAUCCUCUUCCUCAUUCCACAUGGAGAAGCACUCAGACGGACAGUCCAAGUCAAACUCAAUGGUGGAUGAUUACCAUGGUGAUUCAGUGGAGCCCAAACGCUAUUCGGUUGAUCCCAGUGAUUUUGGUGCGAUGUCCUCACCAUACGCAGCCAGUAAACCUGCAUAUGGCUUUCGCUCUGCCUCUGCCUAUUCUGGAGGAAUCUGCAGACAGGCAGCCAGUCCCAGCACAUUUCCAGAAGGAAACAGAAGUGCCUACAGUCCGUCCCCAGACGCAGGAGAGGUGAAGCCUCCACCCAGUAAGGAUCCGUCCAGGUGGAGUGUGGAUGAAGUGGUGUGGUUUAUCAAGGAUGCAGAUCCCCAAGCGCUGGGCCCUCACGUUGAGCUCUUCAGAAAACAUGAGAUUGAUGGCGAUGCUCUACUCCUCCUGAAAAGUGACAUGAUCAUGAAGUACCUGGGACUCAAACUGGGCCCUGCUCUCAAGCUCUGUUACCACAUCGACAAGCUCAAACAAAACAAGUUCUGACCGUCUCUGACCCUACAGAUGGACUGACUCUUAGUAUUUAGGCUCACUCACGUUUGUUGUAGUACAGGAUGUUUUCAUCCCUUAUUCUCUGGUCAUUCGAGGACAAGCACCAGAAUUUUUUUUUCUGCCAGUACAUUGGGACAUUUCACCGGCCAGAACGUUUCCUUUUUCUAAUUUUUAAGUGUACAAACAUUUUAUCGAUUCCUGAACAUUUACUCAAGUCAUCUCUGCUGCUUUCUGGGAUUUUUGGAUUCCUCAAGUGAGAGAUGUGUAAAUCAUGCGUCAAACGGACGGAGCUGUAACAUAUUUUAGGUCUCAUUUUUUUUACAGAGGAAUGGACUCUGUCUAAAACCCUGUGAACUUCAGCCACCUGCUGGUAUAAAGGAGUCACUGCAGGCAGGAAUCAUUUCAGCUUUUUAUUUUCAGAAAGCUAUUUGACAACCGAGGAGAUCACUUACACACAGCAUUCAGCAUUGUUUUCGUUUCUUUAACGGAUACGCACACAAUCUUGGCAGGGUACAACUAUGAACCAUUACACUUUUGCAACCAGCAAAUAACAGGCACAAAUUCACCUCUGAUGGACCAGUCACAAUUUCUCUGGAAAGCCUCCCGGAAUCAGAACUAAACACAAUACACUACUGCUACUGUUCAAGCACAGCAUUACAAACAUUAGUAAUGCACACCAGGUGCUGUUCCUUAACCAGCAAGUCAACAACAACAACAACUAUACCGGUACUUUUUGUUUCAUACUGUGGACCAAAUACAUGGAAAGGUCUCAUUACUCUCAAAACACUUUGUUUUCCUUUGUUUUUCAUGAUUGAAAAGCUGCUUUGAUACUACAAAUGUCAGCUUGUGAAUUACUUACACAAUAUGUAGCACUUUACAAUAGGGUUCCAUUCGUUUAAUACAUUGUGUAUCAUGAACCAGCAAUGUACUGUAUAUUAAUGAAGGUUAAUGAUCAUUUUUAUUAUAUACUACUGUUUAAAAGCUUGGGGUCAGAAGAUAAUUUAUUGAGAUGGGGUGCAUUUAAUUAUUAUAAGUGACAGAAGAAAAAAUGAACAAUUAUUUAAAAUAAAUUCAGUUUUUAUUCAUCAAGGAAAGGGAACACAGGGCCAUUAAAGACUUGAUAAAUAGCUGCUUAAAAAUUAUACAUAAAAAUUGUAAUAAUAUUAUUACUAUUUUAAUUUAUUUUUGAUCAAAUAAACACGGCCUUGGUGAGAAUAAGAGACUUUCAGAAACAUAUUGUGGACCCAAUAUUCAAAACAGCUUCAAAUAUUUCAAAAGAUGAAUAAUAACAUCAUUAAUUAGGGAUGCUCUGAUCGAUUGGCCCGGAGAUCGGUAUCGGCCGAUAAUCAUGUUUCAGGACUCGAUCGGUGCUCGCUGAUCUGGCCGAUCUCAUGGACCACAAGUGUUUUGUUUAUGAGUAAACAAGCAUAGGAAGAGGCACGAACACAGCUGUAUUUUAUACACCAUCAGUGCUAAAAACAGGAGGAGGUAAAAGAUGUGUGAAGCCAUGAGUGAUCGGUGCGCUCACAUCACAACAGCUAAAUAAAUUAUAUACAGAUGUGGUGUGACCUCUGUUUUCACAGUUAAUUGGCAAGACUCGUGCGAGGUCUCUUUUUUGCAGACCAUUGUAUAUCCAGUGUUUUGAGCUGCUGUGAGGGGAGCUGAGUGAUCGCUUUGACAUGAUAUUCUCUUAGGUAAGGAGAAAUUUCCACUUAAGUUUCACACUUGGGGAAAUGUGCUUUAUGCAAUACAAAGCUUAAAGCAUCAGAAUCGGUACUCAGUAUCGGCAAAUCACCAUGACAAAAAAUCGGGACUCUGUACUGGCUACAAAAAUCCUGAUCAGCGCAUCCCUAAAAUUAAUGAGAAUCUAUGAGUGCACAAUGGUAUAUUUAGAAAUUACCAUUACAUGUAUAAAUGCUGUGAAUGAUUUCAUUCAUUGUUAGUUCAUUAUACUUGAUGCAUUUACACAUAUAAAAGGAUUGAACUUUAUUGUAUUGACAUGUUUAAAAUCAUCUUUAUGUUAUGUACAUUGCUCUGAUUUGGUCAAACUUGCAUUUUGGCCUUUGUGGAUUAGAUGUUUUUUUUUUUUUUUUUUUUUUUUUAGAAAAUAACAGUGUGAACAUGAACACAAGCUGUUUUCUUUACUGCAGCUUACUCUCACAUGCCAUGAAAUAAUAAAAAAAUUAGAGUAAUAUUUUUCUCCUGGAGCAUUUCAGGAGUCAUCAAAUUGUAUUUUAAUUUAUUUUAAUAUUAUUUUAGAAAUUACAUUGCUGUAUUAAUUUAUCGGGUGAACUUAAAGGACUUUUUCAUCCAAAAAAUUUAAACAUUCUGUGAUCAUUUAUUCACUGUGUUGUUCCAAACCUGUAUGGCUUGUAUAAAUGAGCUUUCAUUCCAUAUACACACACACAAAAGUCACACAGAGUUAAAACAACACAAAAGUGAGUGUAAACCAUGCAAUCUGAUGACCAGAAUGACUUUUUUGGGGUAACUAGCCCUUUAAGUCUAUCCUGAUGUCCUAAAGUGAAUUACACCCAAGUGUAUGACUUCUCUGUAUCUGCAAUCACGUGUAAAUACGACAAUUCAUGUUGUGACGAAUAAAGUAACACAAUCCCACACAUCCAGCUUUAACAUGCAAUCAGCUAGACCUCAGCUUUAACCUGUAUUUGCUGUGCUAGACUUCAUUGUUGUACAAUCUGCCUGUUCAAGCCACUGCAAUGCUAACUUGAGCAUCUGUACAGAUUCAUUGUCUAUACUUUCGCAUCAGGGAGGCUGUUUGAGUGGUCUGAUUUUUUUUUUAUCUUCCUCUUUUCUCUUCCUCUCCGACCCCCCCCCCCCCCCCCCCUCUCUCUCUCUCUCUCUCCAUGUAGCACCGAUUGUCCUGGGUAAUAGCUUUCUCAAUGAAAAAUGCGCAAGUGGAGAAUCAUAAAAAAUUUUGGCACCAGAAAGUAAUAAAGGGAAUUAAUCAGUGCGCUCUUAAAUCUGGUGCCACAUUUAGAGGUCAGGGUUCUUUAAAAGUGAAUCUACUGAUCCAAAAAACAAAACAAAAAUGCAGUAUUUCUUAAAAAAAAAAAAAAAUCUCUUCUGAUGCAAGGAUUUAAACACAAAUGUCCUAAAAUGAUAGAAUAAUUAUCCAUGUGUGAUGUUCAUCCUCUUGUAUUAGCUUUAACCCUUUAUUGGGAACUCAUUGGAAACACCCUAGAGGGUUACGGAGUUAUUACAAGACUUUUGAACAUUUAUGACUUUAUGUUACUAUAUGUGAUAUUAAGUUACUAUAUGUGAUCCUGUACUACAAAAUCAUACAGAAAAUACAUUGUUCAUUCAUUCAUUGAUUUUCUUUUCAGCUUAGUCCCUUUAUCAAUCAGGCAAUGCCAAAGCAGAAUGAAUCGCCAACUUAUCUAGCAUGUGUUUUACGCAGUGGAUCCCCUUCGAGUCAAAACUCAACAAUGGGAAAAAAUACAUUGUAUGAGUCAAAAUUAUUUUAUUUUUUUGUCAAAAGUAUAGAUGAUCUUCCAUAAAGAUGUAUUUUUUUAUUUAUUUUUUUUUACUUUGGUUUUAUGCAUAUUUAAAAAAAACAAAUAUUAGUAAUAUGCAUUCAGGGGCGGAUUUUGUGAGUUGGGGGCCUUAAACAUUUCUGGCCAUGGGGCCCAAAAGUUCUAAAAUGCACUUUUUGUACUGUAAUUAAUUUUUAAAUUGAAUUGAAUUUUUUUUCUUUCUUGUAUCACUCAAUCUCCUUUUCUACGUAUUGUCUUAAUGCACAAUAAUAAUAACAACAUGUAAAGCAUCUUUGAAAACUUUAUAAAUGAUUUGUUUUCUAAAACUGAAUUCACAAUUAAAAAUGAUUUACAGACAA